AUGGAUCAUCAAGUUAGAAAUUUACGAAACCAAUCUUCAUCUACAAGUAGAAAAAGAAGAAAAAUCAGUAAUAGAAUCAAUAAUAAUAAUAAUAGUAAUAAUAAUAAUAAUAAUAACAAUAAUAGUAAUAAUAAUCAACCAAUAGAGAUCGUUUCCUCAGAUGAAGAACCAGAAAUUAUAGAUUUAGAUAAUGAAAAUGAAGAUGAUAUUGAAAUUUUGAAUAUUAAUACUAGAAAUCCAACUCCGUUAGCUAAUGAUAAUAAUUCUAGUCUUUCAUCUCAAGAUGUUCAAAUUACUGGACAAAGAGAAGUUCCAAGUCCUUCUCCAAUUCCACAACUUCAUACACCUAAUGGUGUUAUAAAUUUUAUUGAUUCAAUACAGCGUGAUAUUCAACAGGGAAUGGAUCCAACAGCAAUUGAAACUGUUUUAAGAAAUCCUACCAUGUCAAAUAAUCAUCAAAUGCAUGAUGGUGUACCUGGUAUUCCUAUUCCUGAAAGAAAUCUUAGGAGUAGUACUCGUCAAAAUCAACUGCAACUGCAACUACAACGUUAUCAACAGCAUCAACGACAUCAACAAAGGCAUCUAGAAGAACAACAACAACGUGCUCAUGCUCAACAUCAAAGAAUGUUACAAUUAAGACAGCAGCAAAUACGUCAACAACAAGUACGACAAAGGCAGCAACAAAAUCAACAAAGAAGAAAUAAUCAUCCACUACAAGAUCCUCAUACUCACCAAAACAAUCCACGAUUUCCGGUAGUUAAUUUUUUCCCAAAUUUCCCCGGUGCAAAUAGAUUUUUAGUUAUACGAGGUAAUUUAUUUGGUAAUGAACAUAAUUCAGAUUAUUAUGAUUAUACAGAAGAUGAAGAAAAUGGAGAAGUUGCAAGUUCAAUAUUACAAAGAAUUGAAGAAGAUAAUAAUAGAUUGUUAGAUGCAAGAAUAAACAGAGAGCGUAAUUAUAAUAAAAAACAAUUACAUGAUAAAGUUAAAUCAGCUAAUAAAAUAGAUUCAAAUCAUACUUCAAAUAUUAAACCAAAUGAAAAUGAAAAUGAACAAUCAAAUUUAGUUUGUGAAUUAUGUAAUGUUGUAUUAGGUCAAGGUGCACCAACAGAUUUUAAAGGUGAUUCAAAAUAUAAUUUAAAUUUUGAAAAAUAUUCUCAACAAUAUAAAUGUCAAGCUCCUUGGUUUUGCACUAAUCCAUUUACUGAAGUUGAUUAUGAAUUAUCAAAAAGAAUAUUUGUAGCUAAAUGUGGUCAUUUAUUUUGUGGUAGAUGUGUUAAGAAUAUUGGAAAUAGACAAAAAAAGACAAAAUCAACACCACAGGGAUUCACAAUUCAUAAUCCAAGUAUAUUUGCUCCUUCAAAAUGUAUUACAAAAAAUUGUAAUAAAAAAUUUACUGCAAAACUGUUUACAGAAGUAUACUUUUGA